UCAUUUUAAUCAGGCUCUGCUCUGAGCCAGGACUCAUCUUGUCCAGGUACUGAAGCUCAACAGUCCUGAACCACACCCUGCUUCCUCCAUCCACCUCCUUCCUCCUGAGUGCUGAGCCAGCAUGCUGCCUCUCAGGAUGUUGGGCCCUCUCAUGCUCAUGUUUUUACUAUGUGAUGCAGACAGUUUGUGCCCCUCGGAGCUCAACCCCGUCCUGGAUCCUCCUCACGUUAUAGGAGAAUACGGAACAUCAGUCUUGGUAAACUGCACAAGCCCAGAUGACAAUCAUGAAGGGAUGUACUGGAGAGUUGACGAGACAACCUCUGACACCGAAGAUGAGGAGGGUUUCAUCUCUAAGAUGCUCUCACUGUCAGACUGGAAUGUAACAGCUGAGUGCAGAAUACAGCUGAAUGUCUCCUCUGAAUGCAGCGAAGGCCUUGAAAUCACUAUAUUCAAGAAUCCAGCGAACGUCUUCAUGUUUCCCACAAGGGAUGCUUACGCCGUGGUGGAAGGGACACCGUACGAGCUGCGGUGUGUUGUCCAAGAUGUCGCUCCUGUUCAAAACCUCACUGUGAGGUGGUACAAAAACAGUGAAACCGUCAUGAUAGACUCUUUCACCAGCAGCACCACCAAAAUACCAGUAGACCAGUCUUCCACUCUAACGGUCAACAUCAGCAGAGGAGAAAGUGGGGCUCAGUUUCGAUGUGAGGCCCAGCUGGACUUUGGGCCACAUGGACCGCAGCCUCCUGUUAUGCAUGCCACACAACCCGUUUAUGUGCACUAUGCUCCUGAGCUCAAAAACAAUAUAGAUAUUGAGGAUGUCUCUGUGGAUGAGGGUGCUGAUGUCUCCCUGACCUGUGAAGCUGAGGGGAACCCUCCUCCUGUCUUUAACUGGAACUGUGAUGGCGUGAAUAUGUUGGUGAACAUGAAUAUUCUCAACAUUGCCCAAGUAAUAACCAGCAGAACCUGCGAAUGCACAGCUACCAAUUAUGUGGGAAACACAACUAAGCAAAUCCAUGUUCAAGUGAUUAAAACUACCACAACAAACCCUGCAGCCACGACCGCCCCUGAGGCACCAUCACAACAAGCAGGCUGCCCCCUAGUACUGACACCUGCUGAAGUUGUGGUGAGAUUUGGAGAUCCGGUUUCAGUGAACUGCACCACAACAGCCACGGAUGCUCUGAAAAUGGGUUGGGAGACCACAUCCGGAGGCACGGGGUCUGAACAUGUGUCUGCUGUUACCUGGACGGUUGAAGAACUGAAAGACUGGACCGUAGACCCCAAGUGCUUUGUGACUCUGGAGGAUAAGCAGUGCCAGGUGUCUCUAGCCAUCACUCUUUAUAAGACUCCGGACAUUGUGUCACUUUCUGGGCUGGAACGUGGUCCGAUGGUAGAGGGCCAAGAGUACCAGCUGAAAUGUGACAUCAUCAAAGUGGCUCCUGUGCAGAAGCUGGAAGUGAAGUGGUACCGAGGCAGUGAAAUGGUGCACGCACAAAUGUUUAAUGACACCAGUGUGACCCCAGUCAACGUGUCCUCUACCUUGAAAGUCAUUCCUGAGAGAGAUUACAACGGAGCACUUUUCAGAUGCCAGGCUGAGCUGCACCUCGGACCAAAAGGGCCAGAGCUCAUCCCCACCGCCCGAUCACCACCAUACCCUGCUGAUGUGCUCUAUAAGCCACUGAUCCGAGCUUGUCCAGACCGUUACACUGGUGUGGAGAAUGAGUUCAGUCUGGACAUGCUGCCCUGCAAAGCUGAUGGGAAGCCUUCGCCCACUGUGCAGUGGUACUAUCAGGGUAAACCGGUCAAUGCAUCAGAGCGUCUCACCAGGACUCAGUCAGGAGAGUACACGGCUGAUGUUGUAAAUAGCCUUGGCAUGAGCAAGGCUGCUAUCACUAUCACAAUUGAAUAUCUCCCUUCAUUUACCUGCGUCUAUCUCUAUGAGGUUCAAGAGGAUGAUCAGCUCCAAACCAUGUGUGAACCAAAGGGAAUGCCCCCGCCUGUCGUCACCUUGAUUAAAGGUGGAAAAGAGGUGAAGGCCCCACAGCGCUGGACAAAGAAUGAUCGUGGAGAAUACUUAGUUAGAGCAACCAAUAAACAUGGAACAGCCCACCACUUGAUAUAUCUUAAUGUUUUGUAUGCCCCUUUGAUCAGUGGGGGAGAUGUCACCAUGGGGGUGACCCCAGGUCAAAAUGUGACUUUUAACUGCACUGUCGAGGGCAACCCUCCGCCUUUGAUCAGUUGGCAGUACACCCCUGCUGUGAAUGUAAUGGAGACCACUGGGGGGCGCCAUAACACUAUCAGCAUCACAGGAGCCACGUCUACCAAUGAUGGUGUUUACAACUGUGUUGCCACGAAUGAAGUUGGGAGCGUGACAAGAUCUUUCUCACUGAUUGUGCAAGGUCACCCCAGUGUGCUCAAAUUGGGAAACAUUCGGGUGUUUCUAAUUCCAGCGAUCUUUAUCAGCAUCAUCUUAAUCAUCAUCAUAUACCACAACCGCCGGAAAAAACAUAGAAAAUACAGUUUUGUCCCUGAUAAUGCUAAGGAUAGUUCAGAUAUCCCUCUGACUCCUAAGUCUGGCGGUGUGCAAGCUUAGGAUAUUUAUUACUUACUGAAAAGGUAAGAUUAAAUCAGACGAGGGACUAAAAACUCCCUCAGGUGUGUCAUUUGUCCUGAACUGCAAGAAUGUCCUGUAAAUGUAUUUUCAUUUUGACUUUUGUCUGGUACAAUCUUAGGUUUACAUCAGUGACGGAAGAGGUAAAAAAUACCCUUUUUUAAUGUAUGAGGUACUAAUAAGGAGCACUUGCCAUGCAGUGCCACUGAGGAAGCAGGUGUUUUAUAACAUGGGUUUGUAUUUUUGAGGUUUAAAGUGUAACAGAGCUUUCUUUUAAUUCUUAAUAAAGUUGUUCAAUCGCCUGUGA